AUGGCCCCCAAGAACAAAGGCAAAGGCAAAGACGACUCCAAGGCCGAAGCUUCAAAAGGUAGUGGCAGCGGCGGCGGCAAACUCAAACCAGCAACCAGCAUCAACGUGCGCCACAUCCUGUGCGAAAAGCACUCGAAGAAGGAAGAGGCGCUCGAGAAGAUACGAAAUGGUGCGAAAUUUGAUGAUGUAGCGAGGGAAAUGAGUGAGGAUAAGGCUAGGCAAGGUGGUAGUUUAGGCUGGAAAGUACGAGGCAGCUUGAUGCAGGACUUUGAGAAAGUGGCGUAUGAGUUGGAGCCGAGCACAACUGGGAAUCCUAAGAUUGGGGAGGUCAAGACGAGUGAAGGGUAUCAUAUUAUUAUGGUUGAGGGGAGGAAGUGAGAUAUUGAGAGACAGAAAGAGAGAGAGAGAGGUGUGAUUGAUACCCUGACAGAAGGAAUGAGAAUUGAGAGGCAUUGAUGUAUGGACUGAUGGUUUGGUACGUGUUAGGGAUACGCUGAUGAGGGGAUCGUUCUAUUUCUAUUGGGCGGCUGGGCUUCCGUACGCCUUUGCUUGCAAUAAGUCCUCUGUCUACCGAGGUGUCCCUGAGAAGCCCUCUUGCACUUCAUAUCUAUCUUGCCGAGACGCAAAUCUCAUGUGCCUUCAUAGUCCGUAUGG